CUCAUCUCUCUACACACACGUGCAUUCCCAAACACCAGCACAGACAUUUCUACUGCGGAGAGGCACCAACUCCCCUCCCCUGUGACUUCCAGGGAAGCGACAGAUUUCAUAGCUCUCUCUCUCUCUCACACACACACACUCUCUCUCUCUCUCUCCCUCUCGCUCUUUGUGUUUCUAUCAUCACACACGCCCAGAAAAAAAAGCAUGUGUUUCAGAGUGGACUAGCAACACUGGGAUACAUCAUGAAGUCUCAGCAGAAGUGCAUUGUGAUAUUUGCCUUGGUGUGCUGCUUCGCCGUACUGGUGGCGUUGAUUUUCUCAGCUGUGGACAUUUGGGGCGAAGACGAGGACGGGAUCACAGAGGAGAACUGUAGCAAGAACUGCAGAGCAGUGCUUGUGGAGAACAUCCCAGAAGAUAUCUCCUUCUUAGACAAUAGUACUGCCCACGUCCCUCUCUCAGUAGGGCUGUCCAACUUACUCGACCGAGCUAUCCGGGUUGUAGAGAUAGUUUCCCCGCUAUGGCUCCUCAACUCCUCUGAUUAUGAAUCCAGCUUUCAUCCUGCUGCCAGACAGGGCAGGGCUCUGCUGUCCAGGCUGCAGGGGCUGAAAGCUAAAAGGAUCCAGCUGAAGAUCGCCAGCGAGGCUACUGACUCGGCCGAGCUCAACACACUCGCCAAACACAAGGCUGAGGUCCACUAUGUGAACACGACAGCGCUGACCAAAGGCCACCUCCUCUCCUCCUUCUGGGUGGUGGACAAGACACAUUUCUAUAUCGGCAGCGCCAGCAUGGACUGGAGAUCACUGGCCACUCGGAAGGAGUUGGGUGUGCUGGUGUACAACUGCAGCUGUCUGGCUUUGGACCUCCACAGAGUGUUCAGCCUCUACUGUGGGCUCCAGAAUAAAGACUUCAUCCCAUCCUUCUGGUCCAAGCGCCUCUUUGCCCUCUUCAACAGGGACGCACCGCUGGAGUUCACUCUCAACAGUACAAAGGCUCAGGCCUACAUCUCUACCUCCCCAGAUGUUUUCAUCCCCAAAGAUCGUAGCAAUGAUCUUGAAGCCAUUUCCAGAGUCAUCCAGGAGGCCCGUCACUUCAUAUAUGUCUCCAUCAUCGACUACCUGCCCCUUGUGAGCAGAAACGCUCACAGGUACUGGUCUCGUAUCGAUGGUCUUAUCCGGGAGGCUCUGAUCCUGAGGAAGGUCCGCGUUCGUCUGCUGAUAAGUUGCUGGGAAAAGACUGAGCCACUUACUUUCAACUUCCUCUGGUCCCUGAGGAGUCUGUGCAUGGAACAGGCCAACUGUUCGCUGGAAGUUAAGUUCUUCAACCCCAGAGUGCAGAGGGGUGGCAGUCUCCAGGGAAUAAACCACAACAAGUUUAUGGUGACAGAUCAAGCCAUUUAUUUAGGUAAUCUUGACUGGAUGGGGAAUGAGUUUACCUUUAAUGCAGGAGCAGGCCUGGUGAUCAGUCAGCCAGAGGGCAUCGAGGAGAGGAACUCUACGGUGGUGGAGCAGCUACGGGCUGCUUUUGAGAGGGACUGGUUUUCACGUUACACCAGCUCACUGCACGCCAAUAAGAUCCCCGUCUGCAACAAGCACCAGAUGAGCAGCCUGGUGUCAGUGAAAUCAAGCCACAUAGACAACGGACCCGUGCCUAUCAGAACAGGCCAGCGCGAUAACGGCCCUGCACCGCUGAGAAACAGCUGCAAAGACGACGGGCAGACAGCACAUAAAACGAGGCACAGUGACGACAGACUGAGCAAAAUUAGUCGCCAAAAGACGACCAAUGGACUGGUGCCAAUUAUAGACAGUCACCAAGAGAGGGGACGAGUCAAAAUGAGUCACCUUGACAGCAGUCAGGCACAAAUUAAAGAAAAUUACCGUGACAAUCCGAUGGAAGCACCCAGUCAGUCAGCUGAGAGCAGCGGCAGCAGAGAGAUCUCCAUCGGGUACCUGUGACCGCAAAGCAUGAGAGGUUCCUUUUUCAGAGAAACACGUUUGGAGGACUGCUCUCUUCCAGUGACUACAGACUUGGUACACUGGGUCUUUGUAGCGUUUUAUUACUGCUGUUCUGAGGAAAACAAACUUUUAGAUUUAAGUAAUAUCUGGUUCGUACUACUUGAUCGUAUACACAAAAGAACUCAAUGGUUCCAAUGCAGUCUGGCACCUUUAACUGAUUUUU